CACCCAAGAAGUUGAAGACAGAUAUUCUAGCAGAAAAUAUGGGAUUUCUGUUGUCCAAGCUAACCAGUUUGGUCACUGUUGUGCUGUUUGGGAUUGGUUUCUGCAGCUUCUUCACCUCAACAGAUGCAUAUGAUCCGCUUGAUCCUAAUGGCAACAUCACAAUCAAAUGGGAUAUUAUAAGCUGGACCCCUGAUGGCUAUGUUGCUGUUGUUACGCUUUUUAACUUCCAGCAGUAUAGACACAUUCAAGCACCAGGCUGGACAGUAGGAUGGACAUGGGCAAAGAAGGAGGUAAUUUGGAACAUGGUGGGAGGACAAGCCACCGAGCAAGGAGAUUGUUCAAAAUUUAAGCCAACGCCGCCACAUUGCUGCAAAAAGACCCCAACCAUUGUUGAUCUACUCCCUGGAACUCCAUACAAUCAGCAGUAUUCCAAUUGUUGUAAAGGGGGAGUGCUGAGCUCAUGGAUGCAGGAUCCAUCCAAUGCUGCAGCUUCUUUUCAACUAAGUGUAGGUAGAUCUGGAACCACCAACAAGACAGUUAGGCUUCCGAAAAACUAUACCUUAAUGGGACCUGGGCCGGGGUACACUUGUGGUGUUGCAAAAGUUGUCAAACCAACUAAAUUCUUUACUGCUGAUAAAAGAAGAGUCUCUCAAGCCAUGAUGACAUGGAAUGUGACAUGCACAUAUUCACAGUUCCUGGCUCAGAGAGCUCCUCCUUGCUGUGUCUCACUGUCUUCCUUCUACAAUGACACAGUAGUUCCCUGCCCAACAUGUUCGUGUGGCUGCCAAAACAACAUAACUCAUCCUGGAAGCUGUGUAGUGCCAGAGUCUCCUUAUUUGGCUUCAGUUGUAUCAGCUGCUGAUAAGAAUUCACCAUUGGUUAGAUGUACUAGCCAUAUGUGCCCGAUUAGAGUUCAUUGGCACAUCAAGCAGAAUUACAAGGAAUACUGGAGAGUGAAGAUUACAAUUACAAACUUUGAUUACAGGAGGAACUAUUCAGAUUGGAACUUGGUUGUCCAACAUCCAAAUUUUGACAAUCUGACUGAAGUGUUCAGCUUCAAUGCAAAGUCCUUGACUCCGUAUGGAACCAUAAAUGAUACUGUAAUGCUAUGGGGAAUCAAGUUCUUCAACGAUAUGCUGGUGCAAUCUGGGCCUCUCGGUAAUGUGCAGUCGGAGCUGCUUUUCCGGAAGAAUCCAGCCACCUUCACUUUUGACAAGGGAUGGGCGUUCCCUAGAAGGAUCUAUUUCAAUGGUGAUACUUGUGUAAUGCCACCUCCAGAUGCCUUUCCACAUUUGCCAAAUGCUGGUUUCCGGCAGUAUGUUUCUCUGCUUACUGUGAUCAUGAUUUCAGUAUCAACAUUUGCAUUCACAUAUGCUUAUGCUUAGACUCUACUCGCAAAUGCUUCAAAUCUAAGAUUUUAAAAGGGAUUAGUUUGACCUUGAAUUCACAAAGGCCACUUAAAGAUGUGCAUUUACAUGAAGAGCUUCCACAAUGAAAUUGGACGUAAGCAAGUGUGCAGCUGAUGGUCAUUUUUGGACUACUUAAGGGUGCACCUUAGCUGUUCUGAUGUAUAGAUUUAUGUAGCAACUCUGCUGAUUGUAGAUUUACCCUUCUAUGUUGUAAUUGUGAUUGUAUAUCAGCUACAAUGUUUCAGAAGGAUUUGAAUAUAUGGUGGAAAGACGAAAAAAUGAAGAAGAAGGAUUUGGAUCUGAUGAUAUUAUG